AUGAAGAGACUAGCAGCUCGCCGCUAUGCUGGCUUGCUAAUUCUCUCCCCCACAGCUGCAGCCGAUCCUGAUAGCCAGCCUGCAGAUUGCAGUCAGCCUGAGGCAGGAGAGAACGGUUCCCCUGAGGAGAUGGAAGAGGACAUCAGUCUGAAGAAGCGUAAAAGUGAACAUCAUGGGGAGAAGGAACUGCAGGCCGGCCAGGAAAGUGGCGAAAAGGUCAAAAGGAAGCGAGGACGCCCACCUGCUGAGAAACUGCCUCCAAACCCACCUGAACUCACCAGAACACUGAGCACGCUGGUGGAUAUGGUUAUCAACUACAAGGACGGGCUGGGUCGACAGAUCAGCAAAGGUUUUGUGCAGCUUCCCUCUAAGAAGGAGGUACCUGAGUACUACGAGCUAAUUCGAAAGCCUGUCGACUUCAGAAGGAUCAGGGAACGUGUGCGUAAUCACAAAUACAGAACUGUGGGGGAUUUGGAGAAGGAUAUUUUCCUCCUGUGUCACAAUGCUCAGACCUAUAAUCUGGAGGGAUCUCAGAUCUAUGAGGAUUCAAUAGUCAUCAAGUCUGUUUUCGAGAGCGCCAGACAGCGAAUUGUCACAGACGAGGAACAGAAAGAGACGGUAAGCGCCAGUCACAGCGAUUAUGGCGGCGGAGCUGAAGACCAAUUUGUUCGAUCAGCAGUGAAACCAUUACCAGUCCAACUCAAGAAGGGUAAUAAGGAAGGAAAAAGCAGAAAUACCAUGGACAAGAGGCUCCACAGUGAUUUAGACAGUGAUGAGGAUCUAGAGGAUAACACCACAAAAGAUGAAGGUUGAACUGAAAGGCCCUCCAUGUUUUUGUAUUCAGGUUCAAGUCUAUUCUCUACCGCAUCCCUUUUAAUUUGUUUCUUCAUUUUCUUAGCAAAAGACCGGAAAAUAAAAUGAGGACCACUCAAAGAGAGCCACUCAUGGAACAAUGUUAUUGUUCCUUCUUCUUUUAG